AUGGAAACAAAAAUGGAAGAAUUAACUGGGAAAUUGAAAGCGCUAGACUUGGUGCUUGCCAAAUCGAAAGACACUGUGACCGCGCGUAAUAAAGACGCACUUAAACGAAGUGAACAGUCGAUCGCGAGAAAAAUCAGCGCACUUUACGUGUUGAAAGAGGAAAUUGAGGAGUUAAAAUUUAUCAAUAAGGACUCAGAGGAAAACGUACGUACUUGGGCUGACGAAGUUGAGUUAAAAUUGACCGCCGCUGAAUCGGCACUAAACGCAAUUCGAGUCGUGUUGAGUGAAAUAGAACAGGAGGAAAUCAGUGUGCAACGUGAAAAGGACGAGGAAAUACAACGUAUCUCUGUCGACGCGGAGACCAAGAAACAGCUGUCAAUUGAACAUGCGAAGUUAGAGCUGGAACGAGCUCAUAAAGAAGCAGAACGGAAGAGAGAUUUGGAACACGGGGAGCUGCUACGGAAGCAAACGAUGGAGUACCAAAAGACCGU